GGGAAAAUAAUCCAUCCAUCCAUCCAUACAAAAAUCAAACAACUUGCAUCGAAGACCAUAAAGUAAAAAAUGACUACGAAAUACCGAAUGAUCACGGGGAUAUAAGCAAGAGAAAGCAGUGCGCGUGCACAUUUUCUUUCUCUCUUCCUCUCAUAUCCAAAUACAAUCCGUAUCCAAGCACAGUGCAGGCCUAUUGUCUGUAUCACAGUGUAGGAACAAGAGAGGGCAGUGCGCGCGCACAUUUUCUUUCUCUCUUUCUCUUACAGCUAGAAUAUAAAAGAAGUUUCACUUCAGUCGUGUGGUCAUAAGCACACUCGUGUUUUUUUGUAUAGAAUAUUUAAAUAAAGAAAUAUAAUCGAUUUUGUUUCCUAUGAUAGUAUCCACUAGGUGAUACAACUUUUGCCUAUGGUUAUAUGGUCUAUUCUGUGGUUGAAUUUUUAUUCAGUUUAAUCGCCAUUUAUUUCUUAUUUUAAAAAUCCGCUUAAUAUUUAAAUAAUAAUCACACAUAUGAAAUGAUAAUUCAGGAGAAGAUUUUUGAUACUUAAAUGCGUCAAGCGCAAUCUAGACGGAUUGGCCCAUUCUCCAGUCAGUUUGGUUUGAUCGGGCCUAUUUGAUCAAGCCAAUUGAUCAAGCGGCAGGAUGAUAAUAAAAUUAGAAUAUACAUAGCGAAAAGCGCACACAAAUUUUCUAUCAAAGAUAUUGUAAUUUAUGUCUGUGCUUAUUAUAUUCCCGAUCACGAUCAUGAUGGUGCGGAUGAGGCCUCUUGAAAUUGAUUUACUAAUUUCAACACACGAAUUGAUUUCUAAAUAACUAAUGGAACGCUGACAUUUGGUUGUAAAACUUCUUGCAUUUUUUUAUAAGGAAAUACAAUUUCUAUGCGACUUUCGGAAUUUAUAUAAGCAGUGAACAUUGUUUGAUAUCCAGUUACUUGUUGACGCAAUAAUUUACUUUUAUUCGCUUCUGACGUAUUGUUUCGCUUACAAUAGAUUAAUGUUUGUUAAUGUUCGCGCCUAUUAAAGUACAGAGCGCGGCCAUGCAGUUGCAGUGAACUUAGGUACUUCUAAGACUAUUUAAUAAAGUGUAGUUCUUAAAUCUGCGGGCAGGGUCAGCCAGUGCAUUCUUGCCGCCCUAGGAAAAAGUGUAAAAUGAAACCCUGUUCGGGUUGUUUUUUUUAAGUUUCGUCAAAUGAUUCCAUCUCACCUGAUGUGAAGUGGCGGUGGAAUUCAUAUGCGAAAAUAGCUGUUACAGCAGUUUUAGCUGCCACACCAGCGAUACUCACCUUGUUGGUCUGCAAGUUGCUUUUUCAUAGCUCUUUUUAGAGAUCCCGUUGUAAAUAGGAGGGAACACGUGAGUGGGCAAAGCAAUCCGUUUACAGAUAGUGUGAAAAAGAAAGGAGUCACCAAAGUUAGUUCUUUGCGUUAAAAUGGUGGCCACAGUAAAUCAGAGAAAAUAUGCGCCAGCGGGCGGGGUCCUCUGAAGGAAAGGGGAAGGUAGGAUAAGGAAGAAUAACUCUUCAAAAUACUCGACGUGGUAUAGAUAAAGCGCUUAAUGACGCCAUAUCAUGGACAAAACAGCAGUUCUCUGCCAGAUUUGUCAAAAGUUGAGGCACUGGAAUCAGACUCUAGAAAUACAUAUAUGAGAAAGAGAAAAGUACCUAAUGAUGAUUUAGGACAGCAAUUUACCGAGUUUGAAGAAGAUGUUAUCGGCUUAUUGAAAGAAUUUGGAAAGUACCAAGAUGUUGGUAUUAGUUUAAUUAAAAACGAUAUAUCAUUAAUAAAGAAACUACUUGUGGAAAUUAAAACUACUAUUCAACAUUUGGUAAAGGAAAACAGCUAUCUAAAGACUCAAGUUGUAAACUUUACUGAUAUAGUUGGUUAUGUACAGAAACAAAUAACAAAACUAAAAGAAGAAAUACACACUCUUAAAAAAUAGCAAAACUGACAGUACUCCGUCGGAGAUUGCAAGUGAUGUUUUGUAUGAAGAACUUAUUACUGAGAUCCAAGAGCGCAAAAUAUAGGAAUACACUUGUAAAAGGUAUUCCAGAGCAAUAUUUAGAAAAUUUAGAAGAAAGAAGAAAAUCCGAUCGAUGUGAAGUGAAUAAAAACAUUAAGAUUCUUAUACGGAAAUGUCCGAAGCAUUGUCAAAUUAGGAAAACUGAAUGAACUUCGGUGUAUUAUAAAAUCAUAAUACACCGAAUGCAACAUGCAUUGUUGUUCCAAAUGAUAAUAAUAAUUUAUUAAUUUCAUGGUGUGACUUAAAUAUUUCAAAUUUUAAUUUAACUUAUAUUCAACCACAAUUACAUUUUAAUUAAAGCGUUGGUAUCUGCACUACCUUAAAUUAUAUGGCAGGUAUCAGCGCCUUCCCAUAAAUAAAUAGUACAUUUAAUAAUUUCAUGCAAGCAGAAUGUAAUCUUUAAAAUAAUCAUAACUACGCCUAGCAAAGACUAGUUCGGUGUGGUACAGUAUUGCAAAUAUGAACUCGCACUGCCGGAUUUAGGGGAGGGCAACCGGGGCGAAAGCCCCGGGGCCUCCACAAACGGGGGCCCCCACAAUAGACACUUCGGAAAAAAAAAUCGAAAUCAUCAACGAUUUUUCGGCGAAAAAAGCUCGAAAGGUUCCGUUCGUUAACUCUAAGAUUUAAUUUCAGAUACUUCUUGUUUCCGUUUAUAUUUAUAUGUGUUUGUUCAAUACUAAGGGAAUCUACUUGGUUCACAACAAAUUAUUUUUAUGAUUUUAUUUUUAAGCAUUUAACUGCUAGAUG